AAAAGCUGUAAGCUUUGCCUAAUUAAGGCUCUUGGAAUAACGUAUAAAAGCCGAAGUUUCAUAGCCGAUCCACACAUUUGUCACGACAUCGUUUGAAUCCUGAUUCACGUAUCAUCAUGGAGAAACGUUGCUGCGCUGCGAUCUUGAUUCUCGUUUUUGGGAUCAUCCAGGUCUAUUCUCAACUUCAAAGUGACAAUCUUGUUAACCACAAUAGAGACUACGCGAUGUCGAUUAUAGAAAAGGAAUUGGACUACCUCAACGACCAAUUUCCAACAUCCGAGCCGCAGUCGUAUCUGACUCCAGAAGAAGAAUUUCAGCAUAAAAGUCUCUUACAACUCCAACAAUAUUUCAACAACAAAAUCUUCGCUGGUGCCUCCAAGAUAGAAGCGUUGAAAUCCACUAUAGAAAAGUACUCUGAUCUAGUUGCCAACGUUGUUGAACAUGUAAAGUCCAAUCAGUGAAGUCAAUUGGCUAAAUGUACUUGAUGCAUUGACAUCUUCCAUCCGCUUAAUAAAUCUUGUAGAGCGUUAAAGUCA